GGUGCAGCACUUCACUCAGUCAGUCAGCAGUGGUCAGUGCAGCGUUCCUUGGCUUGUUCCAUGCGGUGCAAAAUCAGAGAUCAUUUCGAAAGUAGCAUAGCGCAGCGGAUCUCAGGACCAGCAUGGAUGGGAUGGACUGACAGUUUAUAAGAAAAUUGAUAAAGUCAUGUCGUAGUACAGUGUACUAGUAUACUACACUGCAGCGUUUGUAUCUGGUAUUGUUCAAGAUUGUACCAUUCAAAUCUUUCAAAUCAGUACCAACGUUCCUAAACUGUUACACAACAUUGCUGGUUACCAAGCUUCGAGCUAGAAGCAGACUAGACCCGAUAUUCUUGUGCAGGUGGCUGGUUGUCAGCACACUGAGCACAGACUGUAGUAACGCGAGCCACCCAGCUGAGUGCCGGCGUCCAGGUCAGGUAGAUCUACAAUAAUGGCGCAGGAAGUUCACCGCAAUCUUGUCCUUACGAAAGGCGGCACGAAGGCAGUGGCAACUGAUGAAGCUUCGAGAAGCUUGUUCGACCUUGGAGAGCCACCGUGGGUGAAGGACGAAGAGGCGGCGAGGUGCUCAAAUUGUCAAACCGCGUUCACGUUCUUCGUCCGGAAGCACCAUUGCAGAUUCUGCGGUGACCUGUACUGCAGCAAGUGUAGCCCGUCAGCAGUACCAUCACUGCGCCAGGGUUACAUUGAUCCGGUACGGUUGUGCGAAGAUUGCAGGACGGUUGUGGCCAAGGACAACGAGUUCAUUCAGAAGCACCUGCCAGUUCUUGUUACGGGUGCUAUGUUUAUUGUGAAUGAAACACCGACUCUAUGCUGCAUCUCAUCAGCCCACAGAGAUUUGACGUUUGGAGAGGAGCAUGAUCCUGUUACCCUACAGUCCAUUCACAAGGUGGAAGAUAUUCAAAAUGAUGCAGGCAACGUCACCGGGGUGCGCCUUGCUUGUCGUUCCGCAGGCGCAGCUGGUGUGGAAGCUAGCCUGGAACUGCAUGUUGACAAUGCGGACAAAAACAAGAAGAGGUCUUUGAUGUUCAUCGGUUGUCUGAAGCGGGGCCUACAGGUGUUGCAUGGCCCAACACCAACUUCUCCACGUAAGAAGAAAGCCAAGGAGAUGAAAGUGGAACAAUAAUAAAUCGAACACUGCCGCACAUCCGCUGCCCGGUGUGCUUGCAUAUCUAUGCACCGCAUGAUGAGAAGGGACAUGUAUUAUGCAUGAUGAGAAGGGGCGUCUAUUAUGCAUGAUGUGACUUGGAGUGGCAUGCUUAUCAUGUGACUGGCGUUGCCGUAACUACAGCUGCGCCUUUUUUUAACACUACCCUGCCGCUUUUUACGACUUGCUUGUCAAUUUGACAAGCAUGUAGCAGUUUGCAUUAGCAUGCUCCUGAUUAAUAUCUAGCAGAUCAAAAUUAACGUGCCGUAUUAUUCAAACCAUGAAAGUUAUUUCUAAAUGGAAUUUUUUACUUCCCCCGGGGUGGUCAUGAAAUGUUGAUCCUUCUCUCCGCCUUGCUCUCGUAACAUUGAUAUCCUGCUCGUGUUUAUCUAUGCAAUACGCGGGUGCUUUGUCACGAUGAGUUUGCCGUUCAGUCUCGCCUACGGUCUCUCCACAACACCAGUACGCUUACUCUUUUUGUGUACUGCGCUUUCUCUCAUGUUGUAGUCAUUCUGUUUUGCUCUUGUUUCCUUUAGUUAGUUGAGGGUUGCUGGUCGAUGCCUUGCGGGCUUUCCUUGCUUUUUUUUAGUUUUUACGAGACGUGGGUCCAAACGUUGCUUUAGGUAUUUUGGUAGUGCUUCUGCAUGCGCUGCCAGCUGUUUAGGCUUGUGAGAUUCUUUUCAUGGCAGGUUUUGCUUACAAUUAUUAUAAUUCCCUA